GCGAGUGGACUCGACCACCAUCAUUUUUAAAAACACAAUCUCACACAAGGGGUGUGUCGCAAACCUCACAACAUCGUGAAUUCGCAAAAUUCAGAGAGACCUGUGUUUACAAUGGUUGAGGAAAUUAAAGAAAAAUUCAGCGGAAAGUGGAAGUUAGACCACAGCGAUAACUUUGAUGGAUUUAUGACAGCGAUGGGUGUAAACUUUCUAAUACGUAAGAUGGCAGGGAUGGCCAGGCCAGAAAAUGACAUUCACGUUGAAGAUGAUGGGACUAUUGUCAUAUCCACGAGCAGCACGUUUAUGAAAAAUGAACAAAAGUUCAAGCUAGGGGAAGAAUUUGAAGAGAUCAACAAUUUCACAAAGACGAAAUUUAAGAAUAUGCCAACCUAUGAGAAUGGUUGCUUGAGGAUUGUCCCAACACCAGUAGAUCCAGUGAAUACCCCGUAUCCAGAAUAUGCUGAACGUGAGCUAACAGAUACUGGAGAUAUGUGUUUGACUCUGAAAGUGGGUGAUGUGAUCUGCAAGCGCUACUUCAAGAAGAUUGACAGCUAACGGAGCAUGGCAUUUGCCCCUAUACAGGAAAUGCUUUAUGCAACUGGAGAGGGAUUUUCCCCUGUCUUUGAGUACAUUAGCUGCAAGUGGAGUGGCAGUUUAAUGCUCAUGUUUUGAAAAGUCUGUUGUAUGUGGCAGGAGAGUCACCAGUGUAAUGAUGAAGUUUUAAAAGCAGAUCUUGCAAUAUAUCAGUGCUAAUAGCUGCACGCAUAAAUAUUACAUGCCACUUGUGAGUCAGUAUAUCAUGUGCAUUUAUUUCAGUUCCAUAGGUUUUCUGCUGCCACAAGAGAUUAGAGGAAUUCACAGGCAUUACAUUUUUUAUUUCAAUGUAGUGGCUUUAAAAAAAAAAAAUGUUUAUGAAAAAUUAUAGAGGAUAAUUUCUAAGUGAGGAGAUUUACCUGUAUAUUUCUUGUAUAUGCACAAUGCUCAUUUAAUCUUUUUUUAUAAAGUUUAUUCAAUUUAUACAUUUUUCAUACAUAAUUUAUAUGUAUUUGUAAGUUAUAGCUGCACCUUAUGUAGGUUAUUUGCCUGCAGUUUCUCUUUGGUUAAUGGUUUUUGAAAUGGCUGUUUGGUUUAUGUGGAAAUGGUUAUGUUAAAGACCACUCUAUCAUUACAAAUACUUUGUGUUUUAAGUCAAGGACAAAAGAGUGCUGGAAGCUCUCAAGAGAUGCCUGUAUCUUUUUAUGAUUUGCUGUCUCACUGUGUUUUCAAAUGUGCCUAGUUUUGCAUUUUAGUAAAGGGCAUUUAUUGCACAUUUGUGAUUGGUGCCAUAUUGUUUGCGUGAUUCUAAAUAUUUAGUAAUACAGGGUUUGAAAUAUUGAUUUUAAUAAAAGGUCAUGUAAUGAAAUUAUCCUGCUCGAGCAUUUGGUUAACAAGAUAAAAUAGAGUCCAUGUCAAUUUAGGUCAACUGUGCCUUUUUUGUAGGUGUCAUGUUGUUAUCAUUUCAUGUGAGACUACAUAUAAAAUUCCAAAUCACAACCAUUUCCAUUUAUCCCAGGGCUUAAUAUCCAGUGCAUCUCUGGACUAGAAAAGUCUCUUACUUUCACUAGCUAUAACAGAUACUGUAGGUGUUGUCGCUGUUGUCCAGCUGGAGAAUUUAUUAUAUUUUAUUUUUAGUUUAGGAUCGUGCAAUUUUUUAUUUUAUUCAUUGUUACUUUUUUAUGGUAGCAGUUUUUAAUGUUUGUGGGGAAUUUCUGUGGCAUCGGCCAUUUCAACUUUUAAGUGUUGUGGACCAGUGCUUUGUUGAAAAAAGGUACAGUAGUAUUUGUAUUAUGGUUAACAGCAUUUGCUGCCGACAACAUCAGUAUAUUGUAAUCAUAUAACAGGCCACAAAGAGCUAUCAAGGUACAUGUACAGUACAUACAUGAAUGAACUCAUCUGUUGAUGACUUUAUAAUAAAACGUGGUGAUUUGAUAUUUUCAGCCAAUAAUUUCAUGUUGGCUUGGGUUAACUGUUGUCUAAACAAUUUUGGGGUUGCAAACUCGAAGGACAUUCUAUGAGAAGUCAGUGUAGACUAAUGCUACACAGUGGAGUGAAUUCUUGUUAGCAUGCUAUGAAAUGUUUCUUCAGAACCUGUUUUUUUAUUUCAUAUUUUUGAGUUGUUAGCAAAAUUUUAUAUUCAGCCAGUUGCAUUUGUGGGCAUUUAAAACUCUUUUAUGGGUAUAUUGUGUAUAAUUUAACUUAAGUAAUGUAAUAUUACUGCAUCAGCUUUUCCUAAGAAAUAUGAAGCUGUAUUAUGAGAUUAAUAAUUUCAUGACAAAUGCGGUGAAGCUUAAGCAGCAUUUAACAACAUUGGUUGCUGUAUAUAUGUAUGCCCUAAAGGGCUACAUUCCCUAAAAAUUUCUUCAUAAUCUCUGAUGACCAUAGAGAUAUCAGAUAUAUUGAUAGGCAUUCACAUCGUCUUUUGCCAGCAGUAAAGAUGCCCAUGCAGUAACCAA